AUGGCUCCAAAUGCCACCAAGGGGCGAGGCUACCUCGACCAGCUCGACACUGCACGCUGCGAGGGCGACUGGGAGGCUGUUCCAGAGCUUGUACGCAAGGUGCGCAAGCAUGCGCCAAACCGCGCCUGUCUCGCCUUGACCGCCGAAAUCGAACACGGUAUCGUCAAGUCCACAAAGUCCCAGAAACCAACCGCGCGCCCCGAUACCGCGGGCUCUGGCAACACUCCGGCCACAGAGAUCGAGGUGGCUGGCCAACUGCCCAAGCUCCUGACUCUCAUCGACGAAGAACACACAUAUGCUGAGGACAGGUUCCAGGCCCAGGUCUGCGUUGGAUGGCUGCAUUGGGUUGUUGGGGAGUACAACCUAGCAUUCGUUCGCCUGCCCGAGGGCCUCGAAGAGAAUCAGGUCGAGAGCUUGGACAACAUCUCAGAAUGGACAAGGGUCUGCAUGUUGAAGUCCGCUUACCUGCGGGCCAAUUGCCUGGCGCGCAACGGGAAAGAGGUCGAAGCCCUCACCGUCUUCGAGUCUGCGAUUCCGCCGAGCACCUUUUCUUGGAGCAGCCAGACGGCCAAGAAAGAGCUACGAUAUUGGUCUGAGCUGUUCCUCACUGAAUACUGUAUGCUGUUUAAUGGGUCUCGCGGCAAAGGGGACGUUUCGCUCGAAGACGAUAAUUCACUGGCUAGCUUCCGGUCUUGGGGCAGAUGGUGGGAUGCGUCGAAAGGGCCAACCUUGGCAGGUGGCUACGGUUUCAAAGGCUCAGUGCCCCGACGCCGGAUAUGGUUCGAGUACUACGAGGCCUUGUCGACAAUUCUGCAGGAAGACCUCCCCUACCCUAUGAAACACAUAUUCCCUGCACAAAGCGAGCCAUCCGCCAGAGGCCAGCUUCUGGUUGAGUUGAAGCGGGCGGAGACCUCAUUUGAAGGUCUCUUGCUCAGCGAAACGACAUUCCCAAAGGCCGACGAGGAUAGAGAGGAGGUCGAGCUCUUUGUGGAAAUGUUCAUGCGGAACUGGACGAUUCUGACCGGCCGUGGGUGGAGUGAACGGGAUCUGGGCCAAGGAGGGAAGGCGGGCCUCAGUGCGUCUACUCUCGAGAUGCUGUACCGCGCAUCGACGAAAACCUUUCAUUCGACUGCAAUAUUAAGGAACCUGUUCAUUGUCCAUCUUGCCGUGGCAGAGUUCGACCUGGCCUUGAAGGCAUUCGACUCGUAUCUCGAUAUUGUCAAGAAAGGCAAGGCUCGGGUGGAAAAAACAGGGCAUCAAGAGAGCACACUCGACGACGAUGCGACUAUGCUUGAUACAAUAUGUUUAUGCAUCUCGGUAUUAAGUCGCUUCGGCGGUAGAGAGGCAGCCGAGAAAGCAAAGGAUCUGGCUUCGGAGCUCGAGCAUUGGCUUGGAAAGAUUGCGCCACCUCAGUCAGGUGGUGCGAUGGCGUCGGUCAGAGAAGACGGGGGCAGGUCUUCGGCUACAGGGGAUCGUGUGCCAGCCAAGACCCUGGCUCUGGCAUGGCAGUCUAUCGGACUGGCCCAGGCACAAUGGGCGCGCACGACCUUCGACCCAUCGUCUCGAACAGAGGUUCAAAAGAAGGCCAUAAAAUCUUUGCGUGUUUCCCUGUCGGCAGACUUCGCUACCUCUGCAGAUGUCCGAGGUGUGUUUGCGCUUGGAUUGCUUCUCGCCGAGCAGCGUGAACUCACUACCGCCAUUGAGCUUGUUAAGACAGCCCUCCUGACAAGAGCAGCGGGCGACGAGUUGCUAGUGCUGCAUAAUGGCCCAUUCUGGCGUGAAAGAUCGCUUAUCCCACUCUGGCAUCUCCUGUCGCUGUUGCUCAGUGCCAGGCAGGAAUAUGUAUUGGCAGCUAGGACCUGCGAGUGCGCCUUCGAACAGUUCAGAGAUCCUGUUGUGCUUUUUGGGCGUCAAAGUCAAUUCAAGAGCGACCACUUGAAUGAGGCGGAAAAGGACCUUGACGCGAGCCAAGGUCUCGUUGACGAGAUGGAUGAUUUCGAGAAAGAGAAUAUCCUCGAGAUAAAAAUGACACAACUGGCAAUCGUCGAGAUCACUGAGGGGCCAAGAGUCGCUGUCAACGCCAGCCUGGAGCUGCUGACUUUGUUCUCGCGCUUGUUUGGUAGCGUGCAGUCGAAGCAAAAUCUUGAGCCACCAAAAGCGGCAGUCCUGCCAAGGACCUCGGGCACUUUCCGGAGCAUCAGGAGCGGCAUAUUUGGAAAUCGCAAUAGUCGCGCGGAAAGACGAGACAGCAAUGGCACAGUACGAGCAACGGAUGAGAACGCGGGAUCAACUCAGCCCCGCCCACAAACACAACAGACUAUACAAACGAUCAGCCGAGCACCAACGAUUCAGAUCACUCAAGAAAAUGGCAGUCCUCGCACACGUAGGAAGUCGACUAGUAACGAGAAGCGGAGCGAGUCUGCUAGGAGGAACUCGCUGCGUAAGAGAGAGAGUCAAGGUGCCAGGCGACGCGCUGCGAGCACCGGGCCGGCUCCGCACGUUGCGACAGUUGUUGAUGGAGAGACAUUCUACACGCCCAUGCCUGGGCCCGAGGGCCUGCAGGCAUCCGACUUCUUCACUUUCGCCAACAAGCGCAAUCCGCUGUCGAGGCCUUCGUCUGCUAGCCGGGCGAACUCACAGCUGUCCGACUGGUCGGCCCGGCCACCAGGCCCAGACAUGACGGGGAUCGCACUGGAGGGCAUAGAGCCUGUUGGUGCCGUGUUGCCAGUUAUACAGUUCGACAAAGACGAGGUGAAAGCACGGAGAAGUGCCAUCCUGCUGAAGGUUUGGCUUAUGAUCGCUGGCUUCUACCGCAGGGCUGAGAUGUACGAUGACGCCAAGGGUGCAGUAAACGAAGCACAGAAACUAGUCCAAACGAUGGAGUCGGAAAUGGGCCAGGCCUCUGGAGACAGUGGCAAGAAAUCUUCAGGCUCUUCAUCGCUUAGAAAGCCCGGUUGGGGCGGUCAGAAGUCGAUUGAGGAGUUGUGGGCCGAUGUUUGGAGCGAGAAUGCCCAUCUUCAGCUCGGAAAAGGAGAUGCCGACGCCGCACGCAAGGACUUCGAAGCGGCUCUGACGCAUUUCCCUGAUCACCCUGCCGCUAUCGUGGGGCUGUCCAAUAUUUUACUCGAUCUAUACUGCGAGAAGACUGUGCCACCUCCGGCCUUCCCAAGCCUUGAUCUCGUUGGCGGAUCGGACGCGAUGCCAGGCACGGAGCAGAGCACCGCGGAGCUCGUGUAUCCAGAGCGAAAUCAAACAGACUCACCCAAGCUUUUCCCCACAGGUCCCUUGGGCCUAGGCGCCUUCAAGACACAGAAGAAGGAGCCAUUGAAACACGCCGGCCUGCCGAAGAGCCCUACCUCCCUCCAUCACGAGACCCACCUUGAGCCACCGUACAAGGCGGCUUCAAUACCGAAAGUGGACAGACUUGCUUCCCGUGACAGAGCCUAUGGGCUGUUGUCGAACCUCACGAAGCUGGGCACCGGGUGGAACUAUUCUGAGGCGUGGUUUGCGCUGGCGAGGGCGCAUGAGGAGAGUGGGCAGCUGGACAAGGCCAAGGAUGUGCUGUGGUGGUGCGUCGAGCUGGAGGAGGGAUCGGGUGUGAGGCAGUGGGAUUGCGUGAAUACAGGAGGGUACGUCCUGUGA